CAGAAAAUCAAGUUUAUACCUCUACAGGCAGCACCUGUUAUAUCUAUUCUGAUCCACUUAACAACUUCCUCAAAUCAUAACUUGUUUUUUUUCUUUUUGCAUUGACCUUGUAAAGGCAGUACUGAUAGAACACAUGAUCAAUCAAUUUGCAUUGAUUUAUCCUAAGGGUAUUUGCAUUGAUAUAACUAGUUCUGAUAGAACACAAUAAAAUGCACCAAUUGCAAGAUCAAUCAAUUUGCAUUGAUUUAUCCUACGAUAGAGGCUAGCUAGAUCAAUUGAAUAAUCCCACAAAUUAGAGAUCCAUCAAGAUUCAAGAAAAUGGAGAGGUUGAAAAAGUGGAAAAAGAAUAUGUUAAGAAGAUGCAAGUCAACGAUGGAGAAAAAACAAGAAACAAAUAGAAGUUUUAUUAUUAACAACCCAAUCACGUUGCCUAAAUGCAAGUCAUUUCCACCAUGGUGCAGUCCUAGUACACCGUCGUCUUUGUCGUAUAGCAACCACGCGAAGCUGCCUGUGACGCCUCGAGGGUGCUUUUCCGUUUAUGUAGGGUCGGAGAGGCAGAGGUUUGUGGUCAAGACUAAGUAUGCUAACCAUCCUUUGUUCAAGAUGUUGUUAGAUGAUGCUCAACAACAAUUUGGGUAUUGUAGUGAAGGCCCUAUUUUGCUUCCUUGUGGUGUUGAUUUGUUUUAUAAAGUCUUGGCUGAGAUGGAUUCUGAUACUAUUGAUAUCGUUCAUUCUCGUGGUUGCGGUGGGUAUGGCUCUUAUGGUCUACUUAGCCCGUCUAAGUUGAUCAAAAUGAACCAGUUUUAACUCCAAUGUGAGAUUGAUUUCGUGUUGAUUGGCAUUUUCUAAGAUGAUUUGGGUUAGGAUUGCUUCAUUUUUCUGCUUUGAGCAUUGUGUUAUGCUUAAUUGCAUUUCAGUAGAUUACAUUUGGAUUGAAUGUAUCUGCAACUCUAUGUAGUGUAGUUGACUUGAUUGUUGUAAACAGUAAUGUGCUAAUGUAA